GCGUUUGAGACCCCUCGGUGACCAGUUUAGUUCUGCUUGGCAUUCGAACCGCACGGAGAGAUCAUGUGACAGAAGACACCGAGGAUCCUAGCACCUCGAUCCAGGAUCUCAGACGCUUAACGGAUAGAGAUCGAAUCGAGAGCUCGCUACGGGACAACGGUGUGUUCGCGUGCGCGCGUGUGUGUGAGUUUUGCGAAAGUUAUCCCUUUUCGUGCACGCGCGUUCGUUAAUAAAAAAAGAACUGAUAACCGAUUAUUCGGUGAAAUCGUCCACCAUCCACCAAUUAAUUCCCCUCCUCGCAACUCGAAUCCAAAGAAAGCAAGAACGCGGUUUCCCUGCUGAGAUUAUCAUCCAACUGCAAACUCCUUUUUUCUCCACGUCUCUCCGAAUCUGAAGAAAGUAGGAAGUGCACAACCGCGGAUAGCUCCCCGUAAAAGGCCGUCCAGGAUAUCGGCUAGCGAGUACCGCUCUCCUUUCCAGUCUUCCGCGGAACACAUCACGGAUGAUCGCCCGUAAAGGCGUAGAGCUUCGGUCUCGACACGUCGCGCAACACGCGCGCUUCGUUUAAAUCAACCGAGUGCGUCGCGCGUUUCUCGCAACAUGGAAACUGUGUCUCUUCUCAAAAACGGAUGAUACUCUUUUUUCAAAUAAAUCAGUCCAGUGUUCGGAAAAAGAAUAAGUCUCCGAAGGUGAACAUCUUUCCAACGCAAAGUCGUCGAAGGGUAAACGCGUAUUAGGCGAUGUAAAUCCACUUCCUCCGCUCGCGUUAACGAGUAAAGUGGUGUGCACCGUCGUGUGCGUUCGACUGUUCCGGCAGUGCACGCUUCGAAUGACACAUGUGAAACACGCGCAUACAUAUACACUAGUAGCAGUGUGGAGCAGCGUCGAAGAGGGUCGUUGACAGCUGCGAUAAAUGUACCGGUACGUUCGAGCGUAGUGCCGCUUUUCAGACUUGGAGGUAAAAAGCAUUCGCACCUGUCCACCCCAUCCGUGGACCAACGUUUCGUUCAUCCAAUCGUGUUCGGAUCGUCCCCGUGUUCGUUCGAAGCAUAGGGUCGUCGAAAGGACCGCGGAGGGCAGAUAUGAGGUCGAGUGGUCCGCGCGCGAUCUAAGAAUACCGCGAGUGGAAUCAUUGAACCGGGAGCUUCCUUUCUUUCCACGUGUCGGCAGACAGAAAGAAAUAAAUCAGAAACUUUCUCUGAAACGGUCGGCCCCGGGCGGCGGUUUGUAAACUAUGUCGGGAGACACCACGUCCGACGAGGAGGGAUCGCAGGAGGACUCGCCGCGAUACGACAUCGACGAUUUGGAGAUUAUCAAAACUAUAGGUACGGGCACCUUCGGCAGAGUGGUCCUCUGCAGGCACCAAGGGUCCCCGAUGGCCCUGAAGAUUCUUUCUAUGGUAGACGUGAUCAGAUUGAAGCAAGUGGAGCACGUGCGGAACGAAAUCACAGUUCUGAAAGAAGUCAAGCAUCCCUUCAUCGUGAACAUGCUCUGGAGCGGAAGGGACGAAGCGAGGGUGUACAUGCUACUGGAAUUCGUAGCGGGUGGCGAGCUUUUCUCCUACCUGAGGGCAGCUGGCAGAUUUUCCGGGCCCACUAGCUGCUUCUACGCAGCCGAGAUCGUCUGCGCUUUGGAGUACCUUCACAGCAAGCACAUAGUUUACAGAGAUCUCAAACCCGAGAAUCUCUUGUUGGACAGCCAGGGCCAUCUGAAAAUCACCGACUUCGGAUUCUCCAAGAAGCUCACGGACAGGACGUGGACUCUGUGCGGCACGCCUGAAUAUUUGGCGCCCGAAAUAAUUCAGAGCAAAGGACACAACAAAGCGGUGGAUUGGUGGGCGCUCGGGGUUCUGAUCUACGAGAUGCUGGCUGGUUUUCCGCCAUUCUUCGACGACAAUCCUUUUGGCAUCUACGAGAAGAUACUCAGCGGCAGGAUAGAGUGGCCCAAACACAUGGACCCCAUUGCCAAGGAUCUGAUCAAGAAGCUCCUGGUCGCGGACAGGACGAAAAGACUGGGAAACAUGAGACAAGGGGCUGACGAUGUCAAGAGGCAUCGUUGGUUCAAGCUGGUCGAGUGGCCAUUGGUACCUCAGAGAGCUCUGACACCGCCGAUAAGACCGAGAGUGAAAGCGCCGGGCGAUCCAAGCUGUUUCGAUGAUUAUCCUGAAACAGAUUGGCGUUCGCAGCCUCCUCUGCCACCGGAACAGCUCGCUCUGUUUCAAGAUUUCUAAGAGUAACAUCGUGAUUUUCUGUCUUUGCUGAGUAAAUUAUUUUGCGGAAGAUCGCGAGCACAAAAAUUAAAUACACAAUUCGUCGAGACUGCGUUAACCGGCGCCGUGAUCCGUACAAAAUCGCGCAUUGACGCGAGCUUUCUUUAUCAUUUUGUACAUAUUCGUUUUGUAUUUCGUUCUGCAUUAUUUAUUUGUACGUAGGAUAGACGUCUUCGUUGUUUUGAUGGUUCUUUUUUUCUCGUUUAAAUCGUUGGUUCAACGAGACAUUGUAAAUAUGGAAAAAUUGCUCGAGUAGAAGGAGAAAAAAUGGUCUUCGAAGCAACGAUGGAAAAAAGUGACUCUAAUGAUAUUCGCAACAACGUUUGGACCAGAUGAAAUAUAUUACGAUAAAUUGCUUCCGUAUAUAAGCACGAUAAAUUAAAUAUUCAAUAUUAUUUCUCGAUAUUGGUACCACUUAAUAUUGCCACGAAGACCACUUUGGUAAUUACCGAGGACAAAUUUCGUAGUUAAAAAUUGUGCAAAUCGAUGGGCAGAACAGGGUUUCAGUCGAAGCGACACGGACCACGCGAUGUUAAGUUAAUUAACCGUUGCGUGGCCGCGUCGACGUAUGUAUGUUCCUUCUAAUACGUAAGCGAUACAGGGAAGUGUCGACAGAAAUAUAUAAUUUUUUAAGAGGACACAUGUAAAAUAUUGUAACAAUGUGUAUGUGAUACAGAUCGGAUAAUAAUAAUAAUCGAUACGUGCACUUUUUAUUAAA